AUGUUGUCGACCGACGUCGCUGUGAAGCGUGAGGAAAGGAAGGAGAGUGAGGCAGUCACACCAGCCUUGGCGUCAAUUGGCACGCAGAUGGAGAACAAUGAGGAGUUGAAUGGGGCACGUCGGAUGGGAUCACAGCGUAAGACUGAGCAGCAGCGGCAGCAACAAUUCUCCGCCGACGGCCUUUUGACCUCAGAGGCUCUGGCACGAGAAGAUCGGGACUCGGAAUUGUCGCGGAGGAAAGAAGAGGCGGUCGAAAUUGAGUUGCAGACGCUAGUGGAGAGACACCCCUCUCCUGCAGAAGCAACAGCAGCAAAUGCGGCAGAGACAUUCUCAGCGACGCCAGCAGAAGGUGGUGGCGUUUUGCACGGCCAAUGGAGGGAGCUACGCCAGCGAGAGAUGGGAGAAAAUGAUGCAGGGAGAUGA